GCUCAAGUCCAGACUUGGGUCACACUGCGCUUUGCACCGUCCUCCGGCCGUCGCUCGCAGUCUCUCCGCCACCAUGCCAAUGUUCAUCAUGAACACCAAUGUUCCCCGUGCCUCCGUGCCAGAGGGGUUUCUCUCCGAGCUCACCAAGCAGCUGGCGCAGGCCACCGGCAAGCCGGCACAGUACAUCGCAGUGCACGUGGUCCCGGACCAGCUCAUGACUUUUAGCGGCACGAGCGACCCCUGCGCCCUCUGCAGCCUGCACAGCAUCGGCAAGAUCGGUGGCGCCCAGAACCGCAACUACAGCAAGCUGCUGUGCGGCCUGCUGUCCGAUCGCCUGCACAUCAGCCUGGACCGGGUCUACAUCAACUAUUACGACAUGAACACAGCCAACGUGGGCUGGAACGGUUCCACCUUCGCUUGAGCCCGGGCCUCACUUACCUGCACCGCUGUUCUUCGAGCCUUGCUGCACGCAGCGUUCUGUGUUUAUCCACCCGUAAUGAUGGCCACCUUCCGGUCGGGAGAAAUAAACCGUUUGAGA